AUGCAUGAAAAUCCCAACCACGCCAAUGAGGCAUAUGGCUGGCAUUUCCAGUACCUGACGGUCAUCGGGUUAUCCCUGUCCACGCUCACCUUCGCGGUUGGUCUGCUGGCGGACGUGACCUUAUCCUCCCGGCUAUUUUUGGUUAAGAACCUCCUGUCGAUAUGCAGUGCACCUUUAGAAGUUUUAAUCAGCAUUCUGUAUUGGGGUCUCCGCGUGAUCGAUGAACGUUUGGUGAUACCUGAUUGGGCUGUCAUUCCUUUGAACGCAGACAUUAGUUUCCAUGCCAUCCCAUCCAUUGUCCUUCUGAUCGACCUCUUCCUGCUUUCCCCACCAUGGACGAUUAGUAUCCUCCCCGCCCUCGGCUUGUCCAGCACCAUUGCCUUUGGGUACUGGUUCUGGAUCGAACGUUGCUUCUCGUAUAACGGAUGGUACCCUUAUCCAAUCUUCGAGCAACUUCCUUUUGAAGGCCGCAUCGGACUGUUUGCCCUCAGUGCCGCCGUGAUGGCUCUGAGUACCGGCACCCUGAAGUGGCUCUACGGCCGCGUGAAUGGUUAUGGGACCCAUUCUAAGCCGCAUUCUCGCCCUGGCGCUAUCUCUCAGAAUGGUAGCCUUUAA